UUAAACAGCUGUGAAUGUGGUAGACCUGAAAGCGUUAUUUCGACGCGCCACCAUAUUGGCGCUGAUGUCAAGAAGCAGCCGCCGAUAGGGAGCAAAAAAAGCAGCAACGUUUUUGGUAGUUUCGUUGCUUCGGUCAAUGAUUUGAGAGACGGAGCGUUUCGUGUAAAGACUCGUGUGAAAAAUUGACUCAAUAAAACAACGUUGCGAUGACUGCCGAAGAGGAAAUAAUGAGAAUCCAGAAGAAGCUGAGUAAGAUGUCGAACGGCGACGGGACGGGUCAAGAACAAGCAUUGGAAUUGCUCAAGGUACUACAAAAAUUACCCGUCGAUCUGGAACUUCUCACAAAAACCAGAAUAGGAGCAACUGUAAAUGCGUUUCGCAAAACAACAACUGACGAGGAAGUGAUUUCAUUGGCUAAGAGUUUGAUAAAAAAUUGGAAAAAAUUUUUGUCCGGGUCAAACAAAGAUGGAAAAGACUCGGGUUCAGCAAGCAGUUCUAAAAAGAAGGAAGAAAGAAAUGACAGAAAUAAAGAGGAUGGAGACUCAAAAAAAGACAAAGAUUCAACAACGGAUGGGCAGGAUGUCAAAAUGAAAGAUGAGAAGUCUGGAAAAGACGGUCAAAAGAAACAAUCUUCAUUCCCGGCUGCUACUACGACUGAUGCAGUAAGGCUAAAGUGUCGUGAACUUUUAGCCGCAGCAUUGGGUGUUGAUGGUACUACGAUUGAGGGAUGCGCCUCUCCUGAAGAAUUAGCUGAAGAAUUGGAAGAAGCAAUUUUUGCGGAAUUCAAAAAUACAGACAACAGAUACAAGAACCGGGUGCGCAGCCGAGUGGCGAAUCUUCGAGACGCGAAAAAUCCAACUUUAAGAACGAACUUUAUCGUAGGUGCGAUAACGCCUUCGAGGUUGGCAGUGAUGACCGCUGAAGAAAUGGCAAGUGAUGAGAUAAAACAAUUGCGCGAUAAAUUUGAAAAAGAGGCGAUAAACGACGCCCAGCUUGCAACCGUCCAGGGUACCAAAACGGAUUUACUCAAGUGCGGAAAGUGCAAAAAGCGCAAUUGUACUUACAAUCAAAUACAAACCCGAUCGGCUGACGAGCCAAUGACGACUUUCGUGCUUUGCAACGAGUGCGGCAAUCGAUGGAAGUUCUGUUGAAGAAUAGUCUCUUGCCUAAUAUUUUCUCCCCCGAAUUCAUUUGAACCAUAAAAAAAAAUAUAGAAUAUAAAUACAGAUUAUUCGCACGGUUUACAGAAAAAAAAAAGUAAAGCGUGAAGUGAGAAUUCAAAAUACACCGGUUUUUAUUUAAUAUCGGAUGAUAACAUUGAAACGAGACGGGCGGAAUGAUUUUCCAAUAUUCAUAUUACCGCCUGUGAUAAAAUAAGUUGGAACUUUGUUUCGAUAUUUCGAUGAAAUGUAUGACUCAAACAAUGACAAGACGUAUUUUGGAAAAAAAAGUUCUGUGCUUCGAAAUAUAGAGAAUUUUCACUCA